AUGCUACGUCUACUGAAACCAAGGACGAUUUCCAGAUGUGCCAGAGUAGCGGUUCCCCGUUUCCAGAGCUCCAACAUGUCUAAUAUGGCGCUCUUUUCCCGAUCUUUAAGCGUCAGUCACAAGUUGAGCAAUGAGAGUCCCAAGAGCUCAGAUUCCAAGAUUCCGCUGGAAAGCCUCAAAGUGGAUAAGCCCAUGAUGAUGAUCGCUUUCACUUGCAAGAAAUGCGAAACGCGUUCGUCUCAUACUAUGUCCAAACAGGCCUACACGGGGGGCACGGUUUUGAUCCAGUGCCCGGGAUGCAAGAGCAGACAUUUGAUUGCAGACCACCUUAAAAUUUUCUCCGAUGAUCGACUAACAGUCCAGGACAUCUUGAAUGCCAAAGGAGAGUCUGUGUCGAUGACUACGGAGGACUUGGCAUUUGAAGACAUUCCUGAAAAACUCAGGUCCCUAAUUGGCCAUCACGCAAAGGACGCCCCAGAACAGCAGAAGCAGAAGCUGGAUAAUGAGAGCGUGCACCAGCUGCCUCCUACCAAACCUAACAAGCACUAG